GUAGGUGAAAAAUCUGUUUCCUUGAGCAAGGCACCCUGUUUGCUCUGGAUAAGUGUGUCUGCUAAAUGGCUGAAAUGUAAAUGUAUAUUAGGUGCAGGGUGAGAUGGUGGUGCAAUUUAAGGUUUUCCCUUUAUUUUUUGUCACAAUGUGGAAUGCACAUUCCGAACUGAGAAAGGAAGCAAUACGCCAAAACACGUCUAGUCUACCGGAAAUUCACAAGAAGAAGAAGUCUGUCUCUCACUGACGUCAAUGCAGGACUAGGUUGCGCCAUUUUGAAAGUAGAAGCAGGGAGAGGGAAAUUUUGCAAGCAAGCAGCCAGCUAAACAAGAAGCUUUGCAAGGUGUUCCAAGGGAGCGUUGCUGAUUGUCAAAGCACUGCUAAGCAAGAUAAGUGACAUGAGAAGUUGAAGAAUAGUAGGGGGGAAAAGCCACACACUCUAUAGCUUUACGAUUCACCUGCACUCAUCGAUAUUCUGCUUGUACACACCCUAGCACGGUAAACUGGAAAGAUAAGCAAGGGCCCCAACCAAGACAAGCCCUCCUCGACAGAGAUUCCCUCUCCACCAUGGCAGGAGCUGGCGGCGGAGGCAAUGAUGUGCAGUGGUGUUUUUCUCAAGUCAAAGGAGCGAUUGAUGACGAUGUGGCUGAAGCUGACAUCAUAUCCACUGUGGAAUUCAAUCACUCUGGGGAGCUACUAGCCACUGGGGACAAGGGGGGCCGCGUUGUGAUCUUUCAGCAGGAGCUAGAGAGCAAGAACCAGCCACAGUGCCGUGGGGAGUACAAUGUUUACAGCACCUUCCAGAGCCACGAGCCUGAGUUCGACUACCUGAAGAGCCUUGAGAUCGAGGAGAAGAUCAACAAGAUCCGGUGGCUGCCUCAGAAGAACGCUGCACAGUUCCUCUUGUCCACAAAUGAUAAAACUAUAAAGCUGUGGAAAAUCAGUGAACGGGACAAGCGACCAGAGGGGUACAACCUCAAGGAAGAGGAUGGGCGCUACAGAGACCCCACUACCGUCACAACACUACGGGUCCCAGUGUUUCAGCCGAUGGACCUGAUGGUUGAGGCCAGCCCCAGGCGAGUGUUUGCUAAUGCACACACCUACCACAUCAACUCCAUCUCAGUCAACAGUGACUGUGAGACCUACUUGUCUGCCGAUGACCUUCGCAUCAACCUCUGGAACCUAGAGAUCACUGACCGCAGCUUUAACAUUGUGGACAUCAAGCCAGUCAACAUGGAGGAGCUGACAGAGGUGAUUACAGCAGCAGAGUUCCAUCCAAACCAGUGCAACACAUUUGUCUACAGUAGCAGCAAGGGCACCAUCCGCCUCUGUGACAUGAGAGCAUCCGCUCUCUGUGACCAGCACUCCAAACUGUUUGAAGAGCCUGAAGAUCCAAGCAAUCGUUCAUUCUUCUCUGAGAUUAUCUCCUCCAUCUCUGAUGUCAAGUUCAGCCACAGUGGGCGCUACAUGAUGACCCGGGACUACCUGUCCGUCAAAAUCUGGGACCUCAACAUGGAGUCCCGUCCAGUAGAGACUUAUCAGGUUCAUGAAUACCUCAGGAGUAAACUGUGCUCACUCUAUGAGAACGACUGCAUCUUUGAUAAGUUUGAGUGCUGCUGGAAUGGAAACGACAGUGUUGUGAUGACGGGCUCAUACAACAACUUCUUCAGGAUGUUUGACCGAGGCUACCGGCAGGAUGUGACCCUGGAGGCGUCUCGGGAGAGCAGUAAGCCUCGUUCUGUGCUCAAGCCCCGCAAGGUGUGCACAGGUGGGAAGCGCAAGAAGGACGAGAUCAGUGUAGACAGCCUGGACUUUAACAAGAAGAUCCUCCACACGGCCUGGCACCCUCAGGACAACAUCAUUGCAGUGGCCACCACUAACAACCUCUAUAUAUUUCAGGACAAACUGUAACAAAUAUUCAAUGAACCCUUCAUAUCCCAGAUCCCACUUUAGCCUCACUACUCUGGUCCCCAACAUCUCGACUGGAGAAGUGCAGCAAAACGCCUCUGUUUUGAUGGCUUUCUUAGUCUUAUUUCCUGUUCAGGGGGCUCCAACAGUACCACACUUCUUCUGCCACAUUGCAACUGUUGUCCACUACAUCCCAAAGGGAACACUUUUAUAACACUAGUCUUUAAGAUAUUGUUUAUUUUGUUAAUUUACUAUGUUGCUCAUUUAACGGUUUUGGUGCCACAAGCAUUUUUUAUAUAUACAAGCAUUUUUUUCUUUUGAUAGGAAGUUGUUCCCUCUAUCGUUGACACAGAUCACAACAUUGCUAUUCUUCACUGACCAAAUUGGCAAGCUGACAGCUCUCAAUUUUUGUCCCAGGCCAUUUGCUCACCCUCCUCUUUCACAUACAGUACACACUUACUCUAAACAUUGAUGUAGACUAGCAUACACACACAAUAGCUCAACUCAGUUGGUGGGCUGGGUUGGGGUCUGGGGGUAAUUUCGAGACGACCAUGUAAAAUAUACAGUUAGCCAGUCUGAGACUACAGACAAGGGUUAACUGUCUAGUAAGCACAGUGCCCUUCUCCAGAGCUAGCCUACAGUAUGAAGCCAUUGCUUUUCCAAGUAAACGGUAGUGGGCAGAGGCAUUGCAGCCUAAUCUCCUUCUUGCACUUAGAGUGCCACAGCUCAGCACAGAGGCUCCAGUGCAGUAAUUGCAGGAGAAAGACAGGCCUGCCUUGGCUGACCUGCAUGAUUUGUCCGUUUUUAAAUGUGAGCGGCACCCAUUUGUACCUCUGCUGCUCAGUUCCAUGCAUGCGUCUUGACUUAUGCUUAUGUUUCUUGUGAAUUUUUAAGUUUUCCCUCUGGAUCAAGUUUUUUGUUUGUUUUUUAAUGAUGUUUUGUACUUCAGAUAAAGAAUAAUCACUAUAAUUAGUUUAUUUUUGUAUGAAUUAAGAAGACAGAAAUAUUGAUUCAUAUUCUUUAAUCCCCUCGCACUACUUGGUGUAGUCUGAUCACUGUUGUCUAUUAAGCUGUAGGUUUUGGACUGAUCUAUGGACUGAAGGAUUACUUGGACUGGUGAUAGUUAAUGUGACUUAUUGUGUUAAAUUCACGUGAGCUGCGGGUUUAAAGAUGGAGUGCAUAUUAAUGUGCCAUUAAGAAAGGCUUUAUGCAUGUUGGAUGUCCAAAUAAGUAUUUUCAGGUAUGUGUCACUGUGGAAUCAUAAUGGUCAUUCGUUUUUGUAUUUGGGUUACUGUAACCGAUAUUGACUGGAAUGGAUUCGGGUGCUUCUGAGUUAAAGCUAGUUCAUUUGCGCUAAUUGUUUUAACUCCGGUGUGGGUCUGUGUGCAUCCGUUUGUUUGCCAUGGCUGUGUUUUCAAKAAAAAAAUGCACUGAGUAAAAGAGAAUUUUAUUAUUAAUAGCCCAUUGUACGUUGGUUGAGAAUGGGAAAGGCAUUAUCUGUUUGCUUCAGUUUGACUGAAGAAAUGCUCUUAACCGCGCGUUCACUGAGUAUCAGGUUUAUUGACUAGACAGGGUUACUGACUUGAAAUAUUUUAUGAAACAAUAUUUUCUCUCUUUGAUUGUGCAUAAGUUCUUUAUGCAGGAAACAAACUAAACUGUUAAGUGAGUUGUGUUAGUGGGUAUCAUUGGAUGGAAUUACUGGGUAAUGUCAGCUCAGGGCAUUGGAGACAGUAUUUCAAAUAAACCACAUUUCCAGCGUUUGUACUGUAUUUAGUCAAUGUGGCAUUCUUUGUUGAUAUUUUGGGAAGUAAAUCAUUUUUUGUUCUGUCUGUAGCACAUGGCUACGCGAAUACUUGAUUGACGAGAUACCAAUUGUGAGCCAUUUGAUCGUAAUAAGUUAGCAUUAAGCGUAUCAAUUGAGUCUCAUUUACUAGUAAGGCUACCAAUAAGCACUAUUGCAGACUGUGCAAUAAAGGUCAUUAGCUCUA